UUUUAUUUUUAGAACUUCAUAAAUGUGUAUGACAAAAGUGCUCAUUACAAAGUCAUUACCAAUUGUGUCUAACCUAUCAGAUCUAUCGAAAAUAAUUUAUUUGGUUUUAGUGAAAUAUAAUUUGUUGGGAAGAUUAAAUUUAAAUUACAGACAAAAGAUAAUAAAUAAUUAAUUUGAUUUCUUUGUGUAACCAAAUACAUAGAAACUGGCAACACUGCCAGUUAGAGUGUAUAUUAGUGUGAGUAUUCAGUGUGUCUUUGCAUACUGGUAGAGUUCCUUCGACUGGCUCAGAAUGUUCAUGUUCAUCCGCAGUUAUCCGCAGUGUGUGUUUUACAUUUUGUUGUAUGUGCAAAUGUUGUGAAGGUUCAGGGAGACCCAUAACGAAGUUCAUAAUUUUCACUUAGUGAAUAAAAUGCAGUGUCCAGAAUAAGGCAUAUGAAAAUUAUAAAAUAUAAAUAUUUAACAAAACAUAGUAAACAAAAUAUAAAUCUAACAAUACAGUUAUUAAAAUGUAUAUUAAUUAAAGAUAAAUAAUUAAAAUUAACUUGUAAACAUUCACAUUUUACCUUUAAAAAAUCGAUUAUCAGAGAAAGUGCAUUAAUAAAACAUAACGAUUGAAUUAGUAAGUUAUAAUGGCAGAUUUCGAUGCUAUAUACGAGGAAGAAGAAGAAGAAAAUGAACAAAACUUAGAGGAUCACUACGUAACCAUUGUUCCUGAUCCUAUUGUAAUUCGUGGAGCUGGUAACAUGACAGUAUUUGGUUUAAGUAAUCGUUUUGAAGCAGAAUUCCCAAAUGGACUAGUCUCAAGGGUUGCCCCAGAAGAAUUUAAAGCUACUGUUAUGCGUGUUAACAGUGUACUCAAAAAAACCUUGCCUGUUAAUGUUAAAUGGCUCUUCUGUGGUUGUGUUUGUUGCUGUUGCACUUUAGGUUGUUCAUUGUGGCCAGUUAUUUGUCUCAGUAAAAGAACUCAGCAUUCGUUAAAUAAACUAUUGGAGUGGGAAAAUAGUCGAUUGUAUCAUAAGCUGGGGUUGCAUUGGAGGCUUACCAAACAAAGAUGUGAUAGUUCAUCAAUGAUGGAAUACGUAUUAUUAAUUGAAUUUAUCCCUAAAAUACCAAUUUACAAGCCAGAUUAAAGAAAAUCUUAAGAGAAUGGCAACAAAAUAGAUAAGUCAACAAAACAGUAAGAAAGGAAGAAGAGAUUGCUUAUAUGUUUUAUGUUAAUGCUUUUAUCGAUAAUUAAUAAUUAUUUUAAAAUUGAAUUACAUAAAAAUAUUUUUGUAUAUACAAAGGUAAAGUAGUGGUGCUUCAGUGCCAAUUGGAUAAAAAGUUAUUAAUAUACACAAGGAGAAAUUAAGAAAAUGAAUGUUGAAAACACUAACUGUUAAUGGAAAAUGUGGAAAAAUUUAAUAAUUUAUUCCAUCAAAGACUCUUGUAUUUUUAUUGAACAAGAGUAAACUUUUAUACGUGCGAUAUUUGUAAAAAGAAAUUGAUAUAGACUCAAUAUCAUUUAUACUAGACUUUAUCCAUUGGGCCAUUAUUGUUUAUAUCAUAUUUUAAAAAAAAAUUCAUAAUUAAUACCAGCGGAAUGUAAAUAUUUAAUGAAUUA